UUCCAAAUUGCUAGGCAACGGCGUAACAACAGGGGGGAAAGUAAGUGGAGCGAAUGUGAAGGGGCUGCUUGUUAGUUCCACGCCAAAGCCACGGCCUGAGCAUGACACGGGCAGGGGACUUGUGCCUGAGUUGUGCCGGAGCCCGGGUCACACUGGCUACCAGCAGCGAUGACAGACACCCGGCAGACAACAUUAUAGACGGAAACCCAGACACAUUCUGGACAACGACUGGUAUGUAUCCUCAAGAAUUCAUAAUCAGUUUGAAUGGCAUUCAGAAAAUUAACAAGAUCAUCCUCCAGAGCUCAUUAGUACGAUCUGUAAGAAUUGAAUCAAGCACAUCCAAAGAACCUGUAAACUUUGAGCUCCGUCUAGAAAGAGAUCUUGAAAAUACUGAAGGGCAUCUACAGUAUGAGGAGUUUACACUCCCAGGAGUUCAGGUUGCCCAUAUGCGUUUUGUGAUCUUGUCUGGAUUUGAUCAUUUUGUGUCUGUGCACAGAGUUUCAGCAGAAGGAGAUAAAUGAACAGAAUUCAGAAAUCAUAUGAAAAAUGCCAGCAACUUCAUUUACCUUCAUAAGUACAUUGUUGCAGUAUGUUGUUUUCAUCUCUCAUGCCAGGGACAGAGGAAAUAUAUGCUUAUUAUAUAAAGGCUAGUUAUAAUAGAAUAUACCAGACUGGAAUAGUUCCCUGCACGUUUACAUACAAUUUUGUAAAUAUUCUUUGAUUUCCUUAAUAAAAUAUUUUUUUUCAUCAAUCCGUGAACAUUUAACCUUUAUGAGUUAUGGUAUUUAUUAUCCAAAUACCCGUAUUUUACAAAAGAGAUCUUAUAGUGCACAUUAAUGCUUUACUGCUUAGACCUUGCCGUGGACUGUAAAAGAAAGCUGACUCCUGUGCUUGUAAUCAGAAGCAAGUUGAUUUAACACAUUUCUGAUUUUACAUUUUGUUCUAGAUUUUAAAUUUUUUGUUUGUUGAAUAUUAAAUAUGGAUAUGAUUUUACUGUGUGUGUAACCACAAUAUAGUUAUAAUGCCCUUUAAAGAAAAACUAUACCCCAAACAGGUAUAGGUCUCUUAUCUUGCAUAAAUCAGCUCAUAUGUAAAA